GCUUCAGAUUCACCGGGUUAGUUCCAAGAACCAUGAUUUUGUUUGCUGAGACCACAUAGCGAUGCAGGCCGAAGACUUGUAGCAAAGUAAUUUCACCUCAGACUGUGAUGGUGAUGGGACCAAUGUUACUGCAAAACGCAAAGGAAUCAAAAUGUUUAUCCGAAUUUGGAGGUGGUGAUCCAAUGUAAUUCUACUCUUCUUCCAGAAUCAGGGAUCCAUUUAUUAUUGUGAUGUAACGAGAGAGCCGCCUCUCACCGAAAAGGAGAUACAGCGUGAACGUGAAGAAACUCAAAAUCACAUAAAUCUGUAAAUUUGAAUGGCGAGACCAAAUUCAAAGUCACCACAACGUCAGAGAGGUGGAUCCGAGCAGCCCUUCUUGAAGGCGAAAAUUUUGCUGGAUGACAGCCCUAGAGAAAUCAAACAGCAUUACAUUUCUCAAAAGAUAAUCGGCCAAGGCCCGUUCGGUGACAUCUUUGAAGUCAUAGAUGCACAUCGUCCACGGGUGAGAUUAGCAAUGAAAGUCCAGAAGAAGAAACUCUGGAUAAAUCAGGGAUCUCCAGCGGAGCAAGCGCUGAAGCUGUUCAAAGAACUUCUGAUUCUGAACAGAAUACUCCCCAGACACCCGAACAUAGCCCGAAUCCAAGAUUUACUAAUAGGCCCCAACAGCGUUUUCAUCAUCCAAGAGCUGUGCUCGGCGAAAACCCUCGAUGACUUUUACCCCGUCGCUACCGAGGCCAGCGGGCGCAGGAUCUUCAGACAGAUAGUCGACGCAGUUACUUUCAUCCACCAUCACGGAGUAGCCCACUUGGGCUUGCAAGGAGAAAACAUUCUCUUCGCUGAGCCUGAUUUCAAGGAAUGCAAGAUCAUAGACUUCAGCUCCUCAGUUUACAACCCAGACUGGGCUACACUAGUUCACAAUAAUUUCAACCCCCUCUCAUGGUUCUUACCCGACGAACUCACAAUUCCUCGGGAUAAAAGGCUGGAUGAUGUAAAAAACUUGGGAAGAAUCUUGCAUUGCAUCUUGGUCGGCCAAAAGGUCCAAUACCGACUAUACACACCAGCACUUUUGGGGCAAAGUGCUGACAGGCUAAUGGCAGCCGCAAACAAACCCCGAAAGGAAUUGUUCGGGCCCCAAGCGUUCCAUCUGCUCAAAAUGAUAGGCCCGCCUCCAUUCGGACCUUCACGAGAUCAAGACUUUCCGACCAUGGAGGAGAUCCGUCGGCAUACGUGGCUUUAUGAAUCUGAUCCUGAAGAUUUCCAACAGUUACGCACACGCUUGAAGCAGCAUCGCAUAUAAUACCAAUUAUCGUUAGAUUUGAAGACGGAUGUUUGUAAUCAGCGAUGAAGGCUGGAUCUCACCGGGUGGAUAUCUACGUCUAGAGGCAACAGAGAAGCGGACUGAGUACGCGAGGCCGGCAGGCACUGUAAUAUGAAAUAAUAAUUUUAAAAAAAUUUCCACGAAUUUUUCCAGAUACUCAAUAAUCAUGCUAAAAAAUGUAUGUUUUUGCAUUUUUUUUCUAUUUUAUGAUUAAAAUAUAUUUUGUAAGCUUUAAACUGUUUUGUUUUGGUAAUUAGAUAAGCC